GAAAAAUCUUCCUCCCAAUCUCCCUUGUCUCUCCCCUCUAAGACUCUCCAGGGUUCGGAGAGGGCUCGCCACCCAAAGAGGGUCCCUCUCAGCUUCCCAGCCGGCCAGGGCCCUCCCUCCACAGCCUGGGAGUCCGAGGCAUCGAAGGAGACUCAUCCAUGACACGAUUAUCUAAACGAGGACAAUUGUAGCCCCCAACGAGUGAGGACAGAGAAGAAAAGGAGAAAAACAAGGAGAAGAAAAGAAGGAAGAGAGAAGAGGGGGAGAGAAUCCCACGUCCCUGGGCUGGGGAGCCAGGCUAUGUGCAGGCAGCCCAAGUUGGAGGAGGGCUUUUGACUUUUGACGUUCCCUGUGGGGUUGCCCUCUUGCCUCCGAAGCAAGGGAAGAAGGGAAGGGCAUCAGUUCCUCUAAGGAAUGAAAACUCUCGCUCCUGGAACCCUCUCCUUCCUCUUCUUCUGGACCCUCCAAGAGCAGGUCCUACCCAGGUUGGCUUCGGGGAAAGAGGAAGUCAAAUCUGCCUCCAAGAACAUUCCUCAGCCCAUGUCACCCUCUGACUUCCUGGACAAGCUCAUGGGACGAACAUCCGGAUACGAUGCUAGGAUUCGGCCCAAUUUUAAAGGGCCGCCUGUGAAUGUGACUUGCAACAUCUUCAUCAACAGCUUCAGUUCCGUCACAGAAACCACAAUGGAUUACAGAGUGAAUGUCUUCCUCCGGCAGCAGUGGAACGACCCCCGCUUAGCGUAUCUGGAAUACCCAGAUGAUUCCCUGGACUUAGAUCCUUCCAUGCUGGACUCCAUCUGGAAGCCAGACCUAUUCUUUGCCAAUGAGAAGGGUGCCAAUUUCCACGAAGUGACCACCGACAACAAGUUGCUUCGGAUCUUCAAGAACGGAAGCGUGCUCUACAGUAUCAGGCUAACUCUGGUCUUGUCCUGCCCAAUGGACCUCAAGAACUUCCCCAUGGACAUCCAGACGUGCACAAUGCAGCUGGAAAGCUUUGGUUACACUAUGAAUGACCUUGUGUUUGAGUGGCUGGAAGAUGCCCCAGCUGUGCAAGUGGCUGAGGGACUGACUCUGCCCCAGUUUAUCCUGCGGGAUGAAAAGGAUCUCGGCUACUGCACCAAGUAUUACAACACAGGAAAAUUUACCUGCAUAGAGGUGAAGUUCCACUUGGAGCGCCAGAUGGGCUACUACCUGAUCCAAAUGUACAUCCCUAGUCUGCUCAUCGUCAUCCUGUCCUGGGUGUCUUUCUGGAUCAACAUGGAUGCCGCCCCUGCCCGGGUGGGCUUAGGUAUCACGACGGUAUUGACGAUGACGACCCAGAGUUCAGGCUCCCGAGCUUCUUUACCUAAGGUGUCCUACGUGAAGGCGAUUGAUAUCUGGAUGGCAGUCUGUCUGCUGUUUGUAUUUGCUGCCCUGCUGGAGUACGCCGCUGUGAACUUUGUCUCCCGCCAACAUAAGGAGUUCAUACGCCUUCGAAGGAGGCAGAGGCGCCAGCAUAUGCCGCUAGAAUGGAAGCCCUUUGAGGCAGGACUUGUCUUUGUAUUCCCAGAUCCUGGCACAGCAGGAACAGUGGUUGCUGAACUGAAUUAUGGUUAUAAAGUGGUCUGUUCCUGA